AUGUCUACUUCAGUAUCUGAUAGUGGCAUGCGUGUCUACUACGAUUUCGGAGGUCUUCCCGAGCGGAUCUUUACGCGCGCAUCAUUCCUGGAGGUCUUGGCACAAUUCAAGACUUUCCAGGAUCCAGAUCAGGGCGUAGCGACGGUCAAGACAGUAUUUGGUGAUACCAUUACAAUGACGCGUGGCCCGCAGUCUACGACAGAAGGAGAAGAGGGCAGUUACAUGGUCACUUACAAGCAUACCAAACUUGGAACGGCCCAAGUAAAGGUUUUGCCGAAAGACGAAUUCUUCAUUGAAUCUAAUAGCAUCUUCACAAUCGCUGAACAAAAUAUCGAGGAACACACGAAAGCAUGGGAAACAUCGCAGCUGAAGAAAGAUCUCGUCCAAGCACUGGAACGUAACGCCAAACAAACUGGACAGGUCGACCUGAUCGUAUGUUACGGCCUUGGGUCUCUUGGACGGUACACUGGCGCGCGUUCCUAUUUCCGGCGCCUUGCGGCGUGUACAAUUGCCAAAACGCUGAGCAAAGCACAAGCGACCAACAGCGAGGAUGCAAAGACCGUAGAGAUCUUUGCGCAGUACUUCUUCUACACGGACCAUGCCCGAGAGUACAUGGCGAGGUUGGACCCACCAACUAUGCCUGUUGAUUACAGAACCAAUGAAGAACUGAUGAAAGUGAACCGUAACACAUCCAUUGUGAGCAUCGGCGCCGAAUCGGACCUAGUUGAAUCGGCCCUGGAUAUCAAUUACCAUGAUGGAACUGCUGGUCUGUUGUGCGACAAGAUGCAUUUCGAUGGUCAAACACGAUUCGACCGCGAGAGGUUCUCUACAGCAGAGGGGAGAUCGCCCUCUACCAAUGGCAAAGCUUCCGCAAGCGCAUGGAGCUACAAGCAGCUUUGUAUUCGUGAGGAGGUCACUGAUGACGAAAACCUCGGAUUGAAACCGCGCUUUGAACUGGAAAAAAUUGGAAAAGUAAUGAGGAACUCUGAAGGGGAAAUCAAAAGGGACGAGGCUGGGAAUGUGAUUUGGAAUACUAAUGAUGUAUAUAGGCUGGAUGAAAAUGACCGACCCAUCAUGAUCAAGCUUGAUACAGAGCUUCUACUGCGCAAGAAAUAA